AUGUCUGAGAGAAAAGCAGUGAUCAAGAAUGCUGACAUGUCUGAAGACAUGCAGCAGGAUGCUGUCGAUUGUGCAACACAAGCCUUAGAAAAGUACAAUAUUGAAAAAGAUAUUGCCGCAUAUAUCAAGAAAGAGUUUGACAAGAAGUACAACCCAACAUGGCACUGCAUCGUCGGCCGCAACUUCGGCAGCUACGUCACACAUGAAACCAAACACUUCAUUUACUUCUAUUUGGGUCAAGUUGCCAUCUUGCUCUUCAAAUCUGGAUAG